GUCUUAUCCAUCGAAAAAACACUACAACAUCAACAGAAUGAAGCGCGCUAUGAUUACAUCAAGUCUCCGGGCGAAUGCGACAAGAAGUGCCUUUCAUACAAUCGCUCCACGCGCUUCGCCAAACGCACCCAACGCCGCGAAACCUCAGCCAAGUCAAGCUCAACCAAGAACGACAGAUGAGUCAAGCAAAGAAGUGUCAACAACAAAGAUGGCGCCUCGAAAAAAGACCAGUGCGGAACUUGAUCAGGAACUGAGGGAGAAAUUGGAGGGUAUGUCUGGUGAAGGAGGAGGUGCGGGGGUAGAGUAUGAGAAUGGCAGGGCGGAGGGAUUGAAGAGAGGCGUCAAGUCGAAUAUGUUUCGGGUGAUAUGAUUGUUGGAAGUCUACUCCUUCUUAUUCCUGUACAGUAUUUUCGGGCUCCUAUCAGCAGGAUAUCUACGGUCAAAACAUUUUGUUCUUGUUCUGUAAAUACGAAUCCAAUUCAUCCUGUUCGCAA